UUGGACAUCGGCGGCUUUGUCUGCACGUGAGUCUCUUCACAUGGUCACAUGGAAAAAAGGCAAAACACCGUUUAUGGAUAUGGGUGUUAUUUCACGUCCUGCUGCUUGUUCAGCUCAGCCAUAGGAGGGACGUCCUCCGUUGCAUUCCAGCACCUGCAGAAGCGUCCGUUAAUUUCAGCACUUUGAGACCCCCCCCCCCCCUCGCCGUCGUCUGUUGCCUCCGCCGUCAGACGCGAAACUCCAUCGGCUACUUCUCCCCGGCGAUGGCAUCACGCGCCGCCGUCACGGCGCGUCCGUCCGUUAUUACCGGCGUGUCAUCCGGGAGCAGCGGCUCGUCAAUUGGCGGAACGGCACGCGGACGCGGAGCGAGCGGAGACGGGAGCGAGAGGAGCUGGUAGGCGGAUCGCCUCCCGGGACAGACCGCCGCGCAGUGUGAAAGUGUAACUGCGGGAGGAGGAGGAGGAGGAGGGGGGGACGGAGCGGAUCAUCGCGGCGGAUCACAUGGCCUUUUAAACGGAGGAUGGAGACGGACACGAGCGAUCCCAGCCCGCGUUUCAGCACGAGGUUCAUCGCUCUUUUGUUCGCCUGACGACCGCUGCGGUCCGGCGCCUGGAUCCUCCGGCGGGCAGCGCGCACCGGUGCCCGGCGUCCGGCGUCCCCGCACGCGGGGAGGAGAGAGGUCAAGACAAAGUCACUUCUGUGGCUGAAGAGGGGGGGGGGGGCGCGGCUGAAUCCGCGGGCUGCUGUCUCUCCUCACCUGUAUUAUUACCUUUCUUACCUGUGGAAGACCGGGGACCUUGACACGGAUAAUCGCCCACCGGAAAAAGAAAAAAAAAAAAACACGAGAGGAUUAAUUUGACUACAGCCGAGCGCAGAUGCGGCGCCAAGAGCCGGGGAUGUGUGAAAUGUGAUGUUGGGGAAGGAGGCUGAAUGGGGGAGAAAAGCGCAUCUACGGGGGAGACCGGCUGAGUAGCCCAAAGCCACCCGUGCCCGCUUCCACGGAGCCAGAGUCGCUUCCUCACUUUCUCCACCGACUGCUUUUGCGCCGCUCUUCAACUACACGACGAAUCCCGGCGAUCCGGACCCUCGGAGGUUCGCUGUUUGCUUCCACAAUGACCGAUUAGCGGAGUCUUGGGGGAACGGAGCUCAUGGAGACCAAAUGAGUGCGCAACGCGGCGGCGCGCCGACUCAAGCUCGUUUUUUCCACUCGCACGGUCCCAUCUCGGCGGAUCAUCGGCGGACGACGGAUCGCUGUGGGGGUCGUCACCUGGUGUGAGGAGGAGGGGAAAUAACUGGAGGAGAAAUCGCCUCCCAGCGAAGAGGAGAGGGAGACGCGCAGGGAGGGCCAGCCUGGAGCUAGAGUAGAAGACACCUUGGAUGUCUGCACUGGCACACGCAGGGAGGGGAAACAGGCCUCCGCUGGCUUUGAGCUAAAACAAUGGAGGCUGCGCGAACACUGGCUUCCACGCAGUGCGUUUUGAAUGCAAAGACGCAAAGGUUUCAUCUGGAUUAGUCCAGACUAAGAGGAGCCUUGUGCCAUGCGCCACACUGUGUACAGUCAAGUGCUCAUUAAGACGAGUCGUGAAGCAGACCACCUUCCUAUUCCCAUCUCCAGGUAUUGGGAUCCAUCUCCCCGGACACGUCUGUGUUCUCGCUCCGUCUACCACCACCAUUUAACUUCAUGUUGAGUCUUAAUAAAUCGCAGAGCACCAGAUAGAGUUGCCCUUCCCAUGUGGAGGAUAAUGGAACGGCUGUGGCUCUCUCUGCUGUUGCUGGCGGCAGCAUGUAGGGGACAGCCGUGUCCGAAGCGCUGCAUGUGCCAGAGCCUUUCCCCAUCGCUCGCCAUCCUCUGCUCCAAGACAGGCUUGCUCUUUGUUCCCGCCGCCAUCGACCGACGCACUGUGGAGCUGCGGCUUCAAGAGAACUUCAUCACAGCUGUCCGAAGAAAGGACUUUGCCAACAUGACCAGCCUGCUGCAUCUGACCCUGUCCAGAAACACCAUCAGCCAGAUCCUCCCAUCAGCCUUCAGCGACCUGCGGCGACUGAGAGCACUCCAUCUAGACUCUAAUAGGUUAACUGUAAUUAAGGAUGACCACUUCAAAGGUCUGACCAACCUCCGCCACCUUAUCCUGGCCAAUAACCAGCUCCACUCCAUAUCUCCUCAUGCGUUUGAUGACUUCCUAUCCACACUAGAGGAUCUAGACCUCAGUUACAACAACCUUGCGGAGGUGCCCUGGGACACAAUCGGGCGCCUUACCAACGUCAACACCCUAAACAUGGACCACAACCUCAUAGAAAAUGUUCCUCAAGGGGUUUUCACAAAUCUACACAAAUUAGCAAGGCUAGAUAUGACGUCCAACAACUUGAAGAAAAUUCCCCCAGACCCGCUGUUCUUGAGAAUCCCAGUUUAUGCCAGAUCCAAAGGCUCGCCGCUCUCCUCUCUGGUGUUGAGCUUUGGAGGCAAUCCACUACACUGCAACUGUGAACUGCUUUGGUUGAGGAGACUAACAAGAGAAGACGACCUGGAGACAUGCGCCUCCCCGCCCGACCUCAGCGCCAAGUACUUCUGGACAAUACCUGAAGAGGAGUUUAUUUGCGACCCACCGGUGCUGACACGCAAAUCGCCUCAUACUAUGGCUAUGGAGGGGCAGCCUGCCAGCCUAAAGUGCAAAGCCAACGGUGACCCAGAACCCGAGGUGCACUGGAUCAGCCCAGAAGGAAGACUUAUAUCUAAUGGCUCCAGGACUUUAGUUUUCCCCAAUGGAAGCCUGGAAAUCAAUGUCACGUCCCUGAAGGAUUCAGGAAACUUUACCUGCAUUGCCUCCAAUGCAGCGGGUGAAUCCACAGGGAGGGUGGAGCUGGUGGUCACGCCGAUGCCCCACCUGGCGAACAGCACAAGCCGGAGUCGAGACCAGUCCUCUGAACCCGCCCCCUCUGACAUCCUAACCUCCAAGGUCGCAUUGCCAAACAACGAGACGAGGGGGGCUGAGCGGAGGGUCUCAUUGGUGGAGCUGACAGGAAACUCGGCCCUCAUCAGAUGGAGCAGUCAAACGCCUACAACUGGAGUCAGGAUGUUCCAGGUCCAGUACAACAGCUCCGGGGACGACACACUAGUGUACAGAAUGAUUCCAUCGAGCAGCAACGACUUCCUUGUUCGAGACCUUGCACCUGGACGCAGCUAUGACCUGUGCGUUUUGGCCGUGUUUGAUGAUGUCAUCACGUCACUAACUGCAACACGGCCUUUGGGAUGUCUGUCAUUCACCACAGACACAGAAUUCAGCCAAUGUCAGGCCUUGCACAGCCACUUCCUAGGUGGCACGAUGAUCAUCAUCAUUGGAGGGAUUAUCGUUGCUUCAGUGUUGGUUUUCAUCAUCAUCUUAAUGAUACGAUACAAGGUUUACAGCCACCAAGGGGCCGGCCACGGAAAAGCAGCUAUAGCUGCUGCUGCUCCAAGACCACAAAGCAAUGGACAAGGAGGCAGCGGACAGGUCCAAGUCCUUCCACACUCUGCCUCAAAAAUCGCGGACAGUCAGGACGAACAAGCUUUAGCACCGUCCAGGGCCAUGUCGCCUAGCAACACCCUAAGAGACACUGUGGCAUUGGUCGAGGAGGACAGUAGUGGACGGAGCAUUAUGGCAAGAACUGACUCUUCGGCCAAUGAGGAGUUGCUCUCACCCACCAAGGCCCACUUUUCCUCCAGGGUUGCCAUUGAGAUGAAAAGCAGGCCACCAUCUGUCGCCAAAGAGCCCACGUCCCCUAAGGAACUGGCAGAAAAUUGCAAGAUGAUGGAGGCAACCAAAUGCCUGCAGUGUCUGUGCACUGAGGGGACAAAUGCAUUUCUCUGGGUGGUUUUCUAGAGGAGGGGGAUUUGAAAAGGCCAUGCAGGAUCACCCAUCACACCACAAGUUACAUUGUUCAGGUUAGUGUUACUUGUGUCUUCUCCAUUAGACUGCUACAAACGCUAAGACUUUGAGCACUUGGAGAAAACGUGUCUGCCAUUAGGAAUGACACAAGCAGAGCCCUGAAAUGUAAAACCAGGAUUGUUACUUCAGCACAAAGGAAAGGCAAUUGAAGGUUGGCAGAGACUCAACACAAGGCUGAAAGAAUCCCUAGACCCUCAUUUCCCCUUCAUAAAAUAAUAAAACAAAUGUCAGGUAAUUCAGGGGAAGUUAAAGGUUUGGAAAUGUUUUUACUCUGGACAAAGACUGGAUGAGUCAUUUCACUUUUAACAUUUGUGGAACAUCAGUAUAAAAGGUGAAUCGCACAGUGCAAAAGAUCCUUCAAAGCCUCCUUACGUACACAGCAUAAAAGCAACAACCACUGCACAUGAAUUAGGUCAAAAAAAAACAUUUUGACCACUGCAGGCUCUCAUCAUAAACUUAAUUCUGCAUUAUACUAGAGCACACAGUGUGUGUCAAUGUUUGCACAGCUGUAUACACUCCAACUGUACUCCCCAGGGUGCGCUCUGUAAAUAACCAAGCCACUUGAUUUAGAUUUAAGAGUGUAAUCAAUCCCCUCCAGGUGUAGCAAUCCGACGAAGACAUAAUUUAGCAGGAACAUGCUAUAAAUACCACACAAGCCAAGUGAUACAAUCACAACUGUUAUUAAUGCAUGUGCUCUGCCAGGAGAUAAGACUGUGGUGGCAGACCAAGCAAUCAGGCAUGAGCACUAAAAGCAGGCAGCUGGAGGUAGGAGACACACAAGUUAGGAAGAACUACACACAGUCAGCAAAGGCCACAAGCAGCAAAUAAAUUAAAGGAAUGCUUUUAGCAAACUUCUUCACCGUCAUUAAAAAGAAGUUUAAGAGACACAAAGAAACGAAGCACAGGAAAGCAGAAAACGGCAAUAAACUCACACCAAAGGGAAGCUGUCUGACCUUGACUGGUGGAAAAGAUGCCUCUCACACCUAGAAAUAAGAAAACUCUAGUCUGUGCUCAUUUCUAAAAGACUAGACUACUACCCCAAAGCACGACAUUACAUCUGGCUCACAUGACAUGACUGAACAUCCAGUUUUGUCCCCAAUGCCAUAAGCAAAACCUGACGUUCCUGAACGCUCAUGAUCAAAGUGAAGUUGAGUAAAGACAUGUAACGGUAUUGAGAAAUUCCAGCUGUUUUAGAAAAUAAACCUCAUCAUCUCUAACAGGCAGGCGAGGAACCAAGGUGUCGAACAAAUGCAAAAUGGGAAAAAUGCAGUAUUUAUUGAGCAUUAUUGAGAAACUAGUGGAUAUUUAUCUAUAAGAUAAGUGAAAGGGGAGUGAAAGCACCAAGUAGUACAAUUAUUAUAAUACAUAGCUUCAUAAACAUGUAACACAGAAAACUGCUGCUAUAAAAAGGUAUUAAACCCUCCAAUGACUUCAUGCACAUGUUCAUAAAGAUCACUUGAAACACUCAAUAGUGACAUAAUAAUAUGAAUCCACAGGAGCUCAUGACUUCUGAGCCCUUUCUGGUGCUCUUCUCCUUUAACGCUAAUCCACUUACAGAAAAUGCGAGUUUCAUUAGAUUGAAAAAAUGGGGACAGUGUUUCACAAGUGGUUUAAACAGCUGAGUCGAAGCACUUUGUCAGCAGCAGAUAUGCCAUUCAGCCGGCCUCUCUGAAGAGGUUUAAAUAGAUGUCAGUGAGCCCUCGGUUCAUACCGGAGAGGAGGUGGGAGAUCAGCUGUAGCUGUAGAGAGUUCAGGGAAAGUCUUCACCUUCAUGAACUCCUCUGCAUCAGUGUCAGAGCGCUCUGAUUAUUAGUGUGGCUUUAUCUAAUAGACACUGUGCUUAAGCAAGCUGUUUCUGCCUAGUUUGUGUUCAGAGAGCUUGAUGAACACUUUUGAGUUAGAACAGCGAAGGCCUUGAGUUUUGGAUGGAACUUGUUUGAAUCUUUGAGGUGCCUCCGUACACAUAGCAAACGUUUCCUCUACAGGCCUAAUUAACAGAUCUAACCUCAUGUCAGCCCCGACUUACUGAAGUGUGUCAGUCAAAGGAGCCUCUAUCCCAGAACACAACAAGGCAGACAGAGCAAUUAUCAUAGUUUUUAUUUCCAAGCUGUACCCAGGGAGAAAACUUUGCGCUGGCCUUUGCUUUCACGCUUUGAUUCCAGGAUUGCUGGCACUUUGAGGGCAACCUACAAUGAGGGAUAAUACCCAUGUGUUUGUUCAGAGGCUGUUGGGCUUCCUCUGCAUGUACUGUAGCUGUGUCUGAUGUGUUUCACUGGUUGCUGCAUUGCAGAGAAAGGCAACAUUGAUCUGAUCAGAGCGUGCACCGCUGUGAGUCAGUGCGCCUGAAGAACAGAGCGACUGACAGAUACGCAGACAGACCCCAUUAAAGGCCGCUGGUUCUCAAAAACGUGACCCUACAUCCAAAAAUAGCCACAUUGUGCUUAAAAAUGUUCCCUUUCUUUGGCUCAAGCAAUUAUAAUCCCAUCUCAACCAAACGUACUAUGACUUUCCACUUUCCAGUUCGGAAUUCCUUAACUUUAUCGGUCGUAUUAUAGCUGUUCGUCUUUUCAGUACCGUCACACCAGCAAUCGGUCGAGGUUUGAGUUGAGAGGAGGCAUCUGGAAAGCAAAUAAUUAUACAGCAUAAAGAUCAAAGAGCUCCCUCUGUUCCUUAAUUAGAGGAAAAUACUGCAAGUCACUGAUAGAAGAUAACAUGCUGUCACUAGUAUCACCCUGAAGCUCCAGAUUUAGCAGCAUGGGGAUGGUGCAGGUGGAUUCGGCUUUAGAAGGAACUACUUCAGGUGAAUUAACAGAUAUUACGGUAUAUAUCUAAAACAAGCAUGUCAAGCAAUGUACCAGUACAAAACACCAAAUAGCUACCAUUUUGAGGACUUGAAGGAUCUCACAGUACAAUCAAGGUGUAUUCCUACAGUAUGUAUUUUAUGUGCUCGUAAGCUCAGGGUCAGAUUUUAAAUCCCUGCAGGCCAGUGCAUGUAUUCACUUUGUCGUUUACAAGUCUAAACUGCCUUCAGCCAAUGGAAAUGACGCCACAGCACCGGCAAAUGGAGGGACACAGCAGAGUUUAACAAGGAUGUUUCAGAGUGUGUGAAGUGCAAGUGUUCGUUCUCCCCGUAGCCCAUCCGUGACCCUGUAGCCUGUCUGUCCUCUGUGUGUUUUAAUCUAUCAUCACUCCUUUCAGUGUCCUCCCAUAUGCCUGGCCUCAUUCUUCACCGCCGUCUGUCUCUCUGGAUCCAUCUCUGGGAAUCUGGCUCUCCCGUCUCAUCUCUUUUUUUCCCUGUUCAUUCUGUAGUAGCCGCUCUCUGUCUUGACUCUUGACUGUCUUUUUCUAUGCUGUUUAGCUGUAUCCCUUUCAUUUUUCUCUGUUUCUCUGUCACCACUUCUGUCUCUUUCUGUCUCGGAUGCCUUCAGCAGCAGAUGACAGGCGUCCUCGUAAUGUCGAAUGGAGAGACUUUAAGAUUUGAAGGUGUCUUGGCCUCACAAAGAGAUCGCGCCAACACUACACCCAAAGAGUAAUGAAUGAAACUUGAAUACUACUGUAUUGGGUUUUGCCCCUAUAGUCUUUCCCACAGUUUCUCCCGAGUCAGUGAUUCUCACCCAUCUGUCCCUGAUAUAGCAUGCUGCAGACUGACCCUUGCUUCUUUUUUUCUCUCUAUUUGCUUUUACCAGUUUUGCUGUUACAAACACAGAAUAACACUGAAUCUGUUACCUUUUCCCUGGCGUUUGAAAUACCUCUCUGACAAUAUUACCGAUUUAUCUUUUAUCUUUAUGCUCUCCUAUGAAUAACUGAUGAUCUUUAGAUAUUACACAUUUCACAGCAUCCCAACUGUUUGGGAAGUAACUUGUGAUAAGUGAACUGAACUGUAAUUCAGAUUCUUGUUACCUUUUGCAGGCUCUCACCAGUUUCCUGGUGCUGAUAUGCUGUUAAUUGCCUAUUUUUUUCUUCAUCUGCCUUCACCCCUUUCUUUUUUUGUUCCUAUUGCUUGAUUCUCCUAAUUGUAUCCCUUUUCAAUAUUGUGCUUUUUUCCUUCACCCCAUCUUUUUGUGCUGGCACAUCCUUUUUCCUCUACUGCUGCGUUUGCAUAUGCUGCUUCUUUCCUCUAUUACCCCUCCUUUGCCUGUCGUCAAUUUAUAACACCUUUGUCUGUCUCGUUAUGUUUAAUGUCCUUUCUAUCCAUCUCCUUAACACUCACUCCGCAUUAUCGUCUUCACCUACCGCCUUCUCCUCUCCACCCUCCUAUCUCCUUCAUUCAUCCACACAGUAGGAACAGUAAUGGAGGAGACCAGAGUGAGGGGAUGAUGGAAAAGGGGAUAGUGCAGGUGUAAUGUGGCUGUGAUAGAUGAAUGCAGACCAAAGCAUUAUAAAAGGACUGUGCUUCAUUCUGAUACUGACACAAUAAGCACCAGCUGCACAAUAAUCCUCCUGGCAACAUACAAGUUACAAAUAAAAGGCAUUGCAAUUCAUUUUAAAAGCAAACUAAAUGUAAACUUACUAAAAAUAAAUGAAUGACAACACCCAACGAAGCAGACUACAAGAUACAGACUCUACUAGAUGAGUCUGUUUGUUUUCUCAGUGGAGAGAAUGACAUUUGAACCUUUGAAACACUACAUGCUGCUAAAAGACACUAAACAUGAAGCAUAAAGGCACUUUUAACAUGUAAUUAGCAGAAUACUCUAGUUUGUUAGUUGCAGACGACAAGUGCAGAAUUGUGUCUCAUGUUUUGAGUUUUCUUGUGUUUUUUUGUGUUUUUCUGAAGUUUGUCUCAAACUGGUUCAUAACCUGAAUCUUUUUCCUGAUACUGUGUGUGUGAUGUGUAUGUCCUUUUCCCCUUUAACCUAAUACACAGAUUUCUUCUAUUUUUAAACUGGUGUUCCUGGUGUCCUGCUUUCCAGAGCCCUGAUGAUGUUCUGAGUGGAGGAUAUGGAGAAUGAAUAUCACCACCAGGACCAAGCUGGUGAACAUUGUGAAGAACAAAGGCCCUAGAAGCUCUUCUCCCUGUAUCUCCAGCUUACUGUACCCAUUACUUUGUCUCCAUAAAUAUCAUGGGGUCCUCCACCUAUACUAUCUAGUUUAGUUUACACAGCUUAUCCUGGUUCUCAUGUUUGCACUGGACAAUAAAGUGCAUCAAGUCUGAGUGGCUGCAGGUUGAUCAGCUGCUGAAGGAUCCAGCUGCUAGGAUCAUCCACAGUAAAUCACUUUUAAAGGGAACAGCACUCAUCACAUUUGGAUUUUCACCUUUGAAAUAAGUACCAGUGUGGUGGUUAAAAAAAGCAAGGAAAAGAUCUGUGGAUGUUGAAAAAAAAGGAUAUAUUUAAUUUAAUGCGAUUCAUUUACAAAAAAAUAAUACUGGAAACGAACUUAAAACAAAAAAGGCUUGUGAAGGAAAAAUGACUGCAUAGAUAAUCACACUCAACAAGGAUUUACAGUAUGAUAGACCACACGACAAAAAGCAUCUGAACGGGUCCAACGUUGGAUAUGAACUCUGGUGAACUACAACUAAACAUGGUGGCCUCUCACGUCUCCCUCGUUACUCAUCCUUGUGGAAUAAUGCACCUCUGCUAAACUGAACUGAGACUAACUAGCUGUUAGCUGGUCUGAAGUGGCUCUGGAUUCCAACCUUGACUGGACCUUAGUCUUUCCUCAUCAGGUUUGUCUCUGGAGAGCACACCUGAAGUGAAACUGUUUGACUCAACUAAACUGCACAAUUCUGGAGCCAAUGGACCCUGAACUGGUAUUAUACUACAAUAUGGAUUCAAACUGUGCAGUCAGCUGAGCAGACUAAGAUGGACUAGAGAAGCGUGCAAUCCAUAGGUCUGGUCUAUGUAUGCUACUGCUAUGCUUCAAAUACUAAUUUUCCCUGGUCGGAACUAGUGAAGACCUUGAGGACCUGUUCCAGGCUCCCUCCCAUACUCUCCAGGCCCACUUAAACAGACCCAGCAAAGAGGUGGACAGUCCCAUAUCCGAAGUCAAGAAAGAUGAAUGGACCGACAUAAAAGGAACACGUCAGUUAAAUCAGUCAGAUUACAUCAGUUACUCCAUUUUUACACAAACAUGUGCAUUGUCAACAUUGUCACCGUCACCACUGGAUACGUUUACAGAUGAAGAGCUCUACAGAAAACUCUGUGAACCAAUCACACCACUUGUAUUGACAUCUUGGUUGUAAGUCCUCCAGGUUCUCUGCAUACAUAGCUUCAUUAUAAUGUGUUUAAGUUUACACAGUAUAACUGAUAACAAGUCACAUCGCACCCAAUAACCUGCUACUACAGCUACAGUUUAAAUAUUCAGAUUUCCCUUACUAAUCAUUUUGACUUCUUGACAGUGGAGGGAGUAUGUGCUACACAGACACCAUUCAUGUGUAGUAUGCAUAUUUGCACUCACGUUCCCCAGUGUCACCGUGGUCAGGAUGACUGGUCAGAGUCCUGCACAGACAUAAGUUGAUGCAAAGGAGAAUAGACAGAGAACUUCAGACCUUUUGACCCAUACACCCCCACCCCCACACACAAAAAAAAAAAAUCAGACGCACUUCAUCUUUACUUCUUCCCUCCUGUGUUUCCCACCUUUUGUUUGGGCUUUAUCUUUUGUAUGUGUACAUAAAGCAAUUUCAAAUCCUAUAGUUUUGUACAUGUAAUUUUUAUGGUGUGUGGAUAUUUUUUAAUAAAAUAAAGCUAAAUUGGA